AGUGUUCUGUGGUACAUGUAUUCUGUGCCAUGCCGUGAUCAUAUAAUUAUUAUUUUUUGUGUCAUGACGAUUUUGAUUUCGUAGACUGGUAUACAGUAAUCUGUGAUUUUGUAAAUAUCUGUCAUAGCACCUUACGUAAGGUGAAAUAAAAAUGGGUAAUAUUGUAUCAGCAGAGGGUGUGAAUAUAAAAUCAUUUGAAAAUAAAGACGGUCCUCCACCAGAAUGUCCUAUGCAUAACAAAACUAAGACGUCUAGUGCCAAAAAUCCAACAUCGGAGUGUCCAGUUCAGCAAGAAAAAAAUGAUGUUAAUCCUUAUAAUAUGAUGCCUCCAGCAAAUCAACAACCAGCCCCAGACCAGCCUUUUCCACUUCCAACAAAUCGACAAGUGUCAUCAAUCCCAAGAGCAAUGCCAGAUGGUUCUACUGAAUUUUGGGUGUACCCAAGCCAACAAAUGUUCUGGAAUGCCAUGUUACGGAAAGGCUGGCGUUGGAAAGAUGAUGACAUAAAACAAAAAGAUAUGGAGGACAUUAUUCGUAUACACAAUGCCAAUAAUGAACAGGUAAUAUUUCCUUUUAUGCAUAGAUUUAUUACAUAAGUACAGCCUAUUAAUUGUCCAUUGCCAAAAAAAGGCCUACCCAUUCAUUUGCUCCAGGGGGUAUAUUUUGGCAUAGAUACUCUGCUAGGUAUGUAGGUUGUCUAACAGCUUCUGUUAUUUUCAAUUGUUAUCAGUAAGUUUGGCUGCUCAUCUCCCAUGGUAUGGGGAUGUUGCAAUAUUUUCGCUAAUUUAAUAAAGCUCAUAUUAACUAUUAAGACUUAAUUAAAAUCACGGUGUGAACUGGUUGCUGUUCAGAGUUUUAAUAUUCUCUUUACCCAUUUUUAAAUUGUAAAAGAAAUGAUAAUGGAGAAGUUCCAUUUUUUUUAAUGGAUAAAUUAUAAAAAUUUGAGUAAAAUAAAACAAAAAUGUGAAAGAAUCAAUAAAAUAUAUCUAGAAAUGAAAAAGUUAUGGGACUCUGAAGUUGCACUUACAAGAAUAAUUUUGUUACACUCGACGCUCCGUCAUGUGACGUCAUUUGACCUAGACGACGCAGCACGUAUUCGCCGAGUAUGUACAAAUUUAUUAUUUUGUUAAUUAAUUACACAAUGGCAGAAGUUAAAAAAUGCCUACAAAUAUUGUAUUGUUCCUGUGUCUAAGCACACAACAGUUAAAAAUUCCAAUAAUUUUUUUUUCGUAUACCAAAUAAUACAACAACAGGUAUAAAGUUGUGUAAACUAAUGAACUGCAAUUUAAUUGGACCUAAAAGCACUAAAUAUGUGUGAGUGAAGAUCAUUUUGAUGUGAGUAACUAUUAUUAAAAGCAGCCUAUUUCUGAUUUGGAAGUAAAGACUAGUGAUGAGUAAUAAAGUUUGCGCGUUUACCGCUAAAAAGAACCCCUUUGUCGUAUCUCCUCAGUUUCAAGGCACUCCCCUUCUUGCCUCAGCCAGUAUCGGUAUCCUCGGAGUUGACAUAUCGAGUGACGUGCAGUUUCGUGGUCACUUGGAAGGGAAGGCCAAAUUGGCCUCUAAAAAGCUUGGCGUGCUCAGCAGAGCGGGACAGUAUUUCAUGCCGGCACACCGCCUGCUACUUUACAAGGCGCAAGUUCGGCCUCACAUGGAAUACUGUUCCCAUCUCUGGGCAGGGGCUCCCCAGUGCCAGCUCCUUCCACUUGACCGCAUCCAACGCAGAGCGGCUCGAAUUGUCGACGACCGAGCCCUUUCCGAUCGGCUCGAUUCAUUGGCACUGCGAAGAGAUGUUGCAUCCCUUUGCAUUUUCUUUAGCAUCUACCAUGGGGAGUGCUCUGAGGAAUUGUUCGGAUUAAUCCCAGCCGCCAAAUUUCACGAACGCACAUCGCGGUAGAACUCCCGAUACCAUCCACACCAUCUGGAUGAUUGGCGGUCCACCACUGUGCGAUUUAGAAGAUGUUUUCUUCCUCGCACGACCUCCUUGUGGAAUCGAUUACCAUCAGCGAUUUUUCCGGACCGAUACGACUUAGGGACCUUCAAGAAAAGAGCGUACUCCUUUUUAAAAGGCCGGCAACGCAUCUGCGAUUCCCCUGGUGUUGCAGUUGUUCAUGGGCGGCGGUAGUCACUUACCAUCAGGUGAGCCGCAUGCUCGUUUGCCCCCUCUCAUAUAAAAAAAAAAAAAACAAUUAUUUUAUAUUAUAAUAGUACAUGAUAUUCCCUUUAAAAUGACACCAAUAUCAAUAAUAUCUUAUAUACCUUCUCAAUAUACAUAAGUAUAUAAUGUUUACCUAAUAUAUAUAAUAAUAAAUAAGUAAAGAAAUAAAUAAAAAUAAGUUUUAAUCAUUUUUAGACACAUCUCAACAGAUAUUUUGUUUAUAAAUUGCUAUCAACGUGUUAAUAGUGAAUCAUUCUUUUAUAUUUAGCAUUCAUUUAACACAAGAAACUGAUUAGAAUGCAUUUUAACCGAUUCCUUGCGGCACCCAUUUUCGACAACUUUUAGCUGUGGCGGCGAACAAAUAUUUCAUGACACGCCGGGCGUGUUAAGCGCCACAGACAAAAAUGACACGCCUAUUGUGCCAUCCGCCAUGUAUAAAAGUAAUGUUCUUUUUAAAGUAUUUUUUACUUGUUUAGACCUAAUUAAGUUUAUUUGACAUCAAACAUAAGUUACAAAUGGAAGGAUACUUGUUUUUGGUGGGUAACUACGUGUUUUUUUACGCGUUUUCUUUGAAAUUGAGAGAAAGUGACUUUUUAUGAAGAGAUUACAAACCUUUUGUACUAUUUUUUGUUGUUAUAAAAAAUCAUUUGUAUAAGUAGGUACAGCUAAAUCACCCUGGAAACCUUGGUUUUUAUUAAAUUAAAUUUUCACCUAAUAAUAACAUUUGUAAAUAUCAAACAAUGAAGAACCUUAAUUUGAAAAAAAAAAAGGUACAUCAUUCAUUGAUAUUUACAAAUGUUAAAUAUUAUUUAAUGUUAUACCAAUGUAAAAGUAAAGUCUCUUAAAUAUGGCGUAAGCGAAGUAUUGCUCGUUUGAUGUAACUGUUCUUUUUAUAUCAAAUAAAUAAGAAAAACUAAAACAAGAAUGUGUAAAUUAAUUAUUUUAACAUGGUAGAAAAGCGUGGUUGAUAAGUUUCGAAAAAUACCCAGCUU